AUGUCAUCGUUCACAUCGGUGAUAAGGAUGGUUUGCGGUGAGGCAGUAGCUGUUAGGUUAAUGCCGCUCAGUGGCUUCGAAAAUAGUUCGCUACCAAUGAUCGACAGUGAUAACGUUUUGGAGGAAUAUGAACGAACAGUGGAGAGCUUGUACAUAUUGGAUGGUUUGGAAAGCGAUUUGACGUUACUCAAUCCGGAUGAUUUAAUGACGCAGCAGAUCCUACAGAAUAUUCAGAUAACAUCAUCUUGUUCCGUAGAAGCUAUAUAUGCAGUUAGAAGUCGAGAACCGGCAAGAGCAUUCAACAGCAACGCGCUGGAAGUGGCACUUGGAGAAAUUUAUUAUGGCGUAAAUUCGUCAGUUGUCCGCGCAGAUGCACAGAACAAGCUGACACGUUAUGAUACGUUGAAGUGUCAUGACGGCUUUUUCGAUAUUUUUGCGCCAGAAAUCCACUUCUUGAUCAUCGCUGACUGUUCGUUAGCGUUGGAAAUAAGCGUACGUGGUGAACUAACCGAUAUUCCCUUUUCUUCUGAUUUUGCUGCAUUAGCUUGUAGUAGACGUGCACUAGUCCUGGUAUCAUUCGAAAGAUGUGUCUUGGCGCUGGGGAAUUUGAUAGAGACCGAUUGCGAUGAAGUGCAGAAGCGAUACAAUUUCUUCCCGUAUUUGGAUUAUAACGAAUAUAUUGUACGGGACAAAACUUUAACUCUUGUACGCUUUGUGGUUGUUUUCAGGUAG